UCUUUUUCUUUAGAAAUGGUUCAUGUAGGCCUAAUGGUUCAUGGUUUUGUACAGCAAUGUUUGACAGGUCUUGGACCUCGGCCCAUGGACAGGGUUUGUAACACAGUGGACAACAUCGAUCACAAAGUUAGUUGUUUUUGACAAAGGUUGGGAACAUUGCAGUACUGGUAUCAGCGUUAUGCAAGAACAAUAGAAAUUAUAAAAUGGAUGAAGCAGGAUCAUCUUAUUAUGGAAUAAAAGACAAAGAUUUAAACACUAUUAUUAAAAUUUCAGAAAAACUGAUCGAAUCACAUACUAAAUCAGUGAAUGAAAUUGUGUCACAUUGUUCUGAAAUAUCUGGUUAUGGAUUUCAUAGCAAUAAAAUAUUAGACCAUUGUAAUCAAAUUGUUUCUGAAACUUUGAACUGUAGCUAUAUGGUGAUAAGUCUGUGUCAGUCGUUUACAAAAAUAGAUUUAACAUCAUCACAGUUGGCUUCAUUGAUGAACAGAGAAAAAUCAGGCAGUUUUUCGACAGAAGAGGAUAUGUUGAUAUCCAAAGUGAAAGAAGAAAACAAUUAUUGCUCUUCAACUAAUGAUGCACAGCAUUCUGUUGGCAUGAUAACCGUACAAAGUGAUAAAUUAAGUGAUUCGUACAUGCGUCAUGUUUCUAUAAAAAAGAAUCCUUUAACAAUUUCAAGUUAUAACAGGCAGACUUGUAAAAUUGUCAAAGAAAAGACCAAACCGUUGUAUAAUUUAGCAGUAGAAGGGUCAUCAUCGACUGAUGAUCCAGCAAGUAUUGUUGACAUGGCAACAGGACCUCAUGAAGUAGUACUUGUCAGAUAUUCAGAUCAGAUUUCCAACACAAUUAGAAAUGACAAAGGAAAAAGCAGUACCGAUUUACACGAAGUUAACACUUUAAAAAUGGACGACAUCUGCUCAAAGGACCCAGAUUUUCCAGUUGAAGGUGAAUGUAGGGGUGAAUCUUCUAAUAGUCUGGAAAUAAAUGUUCUGGAUUGGGACAAAGGGAUAUCAGGACCAUCUUCACAAACUAAUUCUGGUUCAGAAUUUACGUGUUCAGUUUGUUCAAAGACAUUUAAAACAGAAACAACAUUUAAAAAACAUAAACAAUAUCAUAACAGGUACAACUUUGUAUGUGAAGUCUGCAACGGACGUUUUGCAGGUAAAUUAAAACUGAGAAAACAUGUGUUGAGUCAAACAGAUGAAGGACAUGUCAAAUUACGUAUGUCUUCAGUUUUCAUACAGACAGGCUCUGCUGGAAUGGUGUUUGAUGUAUUUGAAGAAAAUGAAAGUUUCGAACCCACUAAAGUAAAAUUAGAAGAAAAUUUAACUAAAGGAAAAGUAGAAAAAGAUGAGCGUCCUAAUGAUGAUGAAAUUAUCGAUGUGGUAUCAGAAGAACCUGAUUUCAUGCUAAAGAGAAAUGAAAUAGAAGGAAGACAGACCAGUCCAGAAGUAGAAAACCAGACUUAUUCUGAUACUGAUGCAUUAGAAUAUGAUGAUAAUGUAAAUAAUGAUCCAGAUUGGCACGAAGUUAAAGAGUUAGAAGAUGAACAAGUUUGUACUAACACAUUUAAAAAAGACAAACCAUUUAAAAGACACAAACUAUCACAUCAAAUACAAACAAAUGAUUUUGGUUGUGAAGUUUGUGACAAACAUUUUGACACGAAAAAUAAACUGAAAACCCACAUUUCUAAAUGCCAUUCAAAGAAUAUCAAAACCAAAAUCUUGACUGAAACAAAUAAAGAUCAUGUUGUUAAACUUCCUGUGAUGAAGAAUUCAGUGAGGGUGAAACGACAGUGUGAAAUAUGCGGUAAGCAAUACAAAAACUUGUGUCAUUUAAGACAUCAUCUAAAAACUCACAGUGGAGUUAAAAGUUUCUCGUGUGAACUCUGCGAUUACAAAGGUUAUACUAAUCAGCAUCUGAGCAGACAUAUGAAAUCUCAUUCAACAGAUAAAAACUACCAGUGCGAUCAAUGUGGAAAGAGAUUCGCCACAAAUAACAAUCUGAAAAAACACAUCACAACACAUAAUAACGUCAGAUCAUUUUCGUGUCAUAUGUGUUCCAAACGUUUUAAUGACCAUGGGGCUUUAACCCGUCACAGUAAAAUACAUAAACAUGAACAACAGCAUGUGUGUGAAAUUUGUGGAAAGCGUUCUCGACAAGCGUAUAACAUAACUGUUCACAUGAGAACACAUAACGGGCAUAAACCAUUCUCUUGUGAAAUAUGCGGCAAAAAAUUUGCACAUAAUGUGUCUCUAAGACAACAUAAAAAUUCGUGUGUAGGUAAAAUUGAAAAGAUUUAACAGAAGUGAUCAAUCAGAUUUGUUUCAUUUUUGACGAUAAUAAAGUUUUAAGGGUGAUAGGUAUCGGGAAUCGAAUCCGCGACUUAAGGCAUGGAAUCCACACACCUCUACCAAGUGAGCCAUAGGGAAUCAGGGGCGGAUUGGGGCCUGGAACUGACCCGGGCUCCCGUAUCGGAGCGGCCCCUUAUACUGACAGUGGAGCCCAAACGGGGGGUCCGGGGGGGCUCUCCCCCAUGAAAAUUUUGAAAAAUGAACCCCAAAUAUGCGAUUUGGUGACCUAUCUGAUUAUAGUCUCUGUCAAAUUCAGCCAGCAGACCAGCUAUCAUCAAAUUUUGCUGAGGCCUGUAGGGAAUUCCCAAUGACCAAGUCAAUAGGAAGUAAAUUGAAACAGGAGACAAUGUGUAUACUAUACUAACUAUAGAAGACAUUUAAGAGUGCCUCGGAAUCAAUCACCACUUUCACGGAAAAUAUUCCCUAGGCUAAAAAAUCUUUGUUCUCUCAGCUACGAGAGAUACGUAGAAUCAAACCGGUCCAGAGCCGACCAGGUUGAUAAGAAGCCGCUCAUUCAACAUUGACACAGAACCGAAGGUGAACAGGCCUAACCGUCUAGUUAAUACAACGGACAAUCUCACUUCGGUCCACAAAAGAGAGACACAUUUCCAAGGCAUAGUCCAAACCUUGACUCUCAUAUAAAUAAACCAUUUGGUACUAAUUCGUACCAACAUCAUAUUAAACCCUUCGGGCGCCAUGUUUCAAUCCUAACUACUUUAUGGAAUCAACGACAAAUCUAAACUUGGGCACUCCAACCAUUUUUAUUUUGGUUUUACAAUACUAUACUAACUAGUUAAUAGGGGUAUUUGUUAAUGUUAUUAGUAAAACUGAUAUCAGAUACUGUUAGUAAAUCUAUCGGCCAGUACUGAUAAUGUGUAUACUAUACUAAAUAGUUAAUAUGAUUGUCAUAAUGUUAUUAGUAAAACCGAUAUCAGAUACUGUUAGUAAAUCUAUCGGCGGUACUGAUAAUGUGUAUACUAUACCCCCGUCAGACCUGGGUGGCGUCAUUAUUGCGCUGCUACGGCGACGAAAAUUGGUCUCAGAGCGCGUCAACAUCGCCAUAUGCACGGUAAAAAGCGUGGUGUAAAUACCAGAUAUUGUGCUAUGGUCUCUAUGGUCGCCAAUGAUCGCCGAGUCACGGCGUUUGUUCAAAGCAAACGCCAAGGUUAUGCGAUCUGGCCUGGAAAGCUGUAAGAACUCGACUUUUUUCAAGUUUGUAAUUUUUCGAAACAUUUACUCGCGUUGUGUUCACGUUUGCCGGCGACCUUGUGCAUUUUCUAGUCGCCAUACGAUCGCAGCAGUGCAGUAAGGACGCCACCCCCACCCGGUCUGAUGGGGUUAUAACUAGUUAAUAUGGUUGUUAUAAUGUUUGAAGCCGUGUCUGUAGUUCAUACUUCGUACUGGUUGCGGAACCUUUUUACUGAUAAUAUUUAUACUCUAUAAUUGUUAUUUAGUCAUAUUAUAUGUACCUUGUAUAACAUUCUUAAUGUAACUUUUAGUAGCCUACUGUUGCAUAGAGGUUCUUGUUCCAUUAAAUUCAUAAUGAAACUACAGUAGGUCUAUUGUUAUAUUAUGGUUAUUGUAUUGUCCCUUUAACUUAAUAAUUAAAAUUUUAUUACAUGGUGGUAUAUUGUCCUUUAUAAAUUACAGUGACAAGGAGUAGGUUCGCCAGACUAACCUCUUGGGUUUUCUUCGCGUUCUCUGGUUUCCUCCCACUGCUAAAAAAACCCUAUUCACAAGUGAAUUAUUGAUAUAAAAUUGAACCAUGUUAGUCCUAAAAUGAACUAGUUUGUGUAAAGUGGAUGUUAAACCCCAGUUCUCUCUCUUUCCUUUAUACUCAGAAGUUAAAAUAAAGAGGGUUAUCAAUUGUCCUUUAAACCUAUACUUGAAAAACAGUCACCUACUUUAACAGGGGGUUAUUUCCAUGUUUUAACUUAAAAUUAAACUACAGUUUGUUACAUGGUAGUAUAUUGUGUCUUUAAAGGGCAUAUGGCUCUAUUUUUUGGAAUCAUAAAUGGGUCUAAAAGCACAUAUUAAUGUAAUUAAUUGGGUGUAUAUCAAGUGAUUUAUAUUCAAUUUAUAAUUUAACUUCAGUACGUUACAUGGUGUUAUAUUGUCCCUUUAAUAAUAUUAUGGGGGGGGGGGGGACACUCCCUAAGCCCCCUUACAAGAGUAGCAGAGGCUGGACAGGCUGGUAGAUCUGUGCAGGGAGAGAGCAGGCAUUGAUAGAUACAUAAAAAGGGUCUGUUAAAAUGAAAUGAAAUGGGGUUUAACGUCCUACUGUUCUGCUCUGAACUGGGCUAAUAAAAACGGCCAUAUGCCAUACAGUGUGCUAUGAUGGAAAUCUUGCCCGGACAGCGGCACUACAGGCUACUCUUCUAUCGAUUUCCAAUUGUCGGGGGAUAUUUUACGUGCACGCCAAUGUGUACACAGGACCUUGGUUUUUUGUCCCAUCCGAAACUAGACAGCUGUCCUUGUCAGGCCCACCGUCCUGCAUCACUGACAAGGGGGAACCACGCAGGGAAAUCUGGAUGAACGUUCUUGGCCAAUGCAGGGAUCGAACACCCGACCUCAAGGCUAGCGAGCCAGCGUCUUACCCACUUAGCCACCAUGAUCCCCCUGUUAACUAGAAACGUUAUGAAGGUGAAUAAACCAACUCAUUUCAACCCAAGUCUAUUUUUGUAUUGCUGUUGUACGGAGAUUAUUUUAAAUAUAUAUGAUAAUUAAAACACAGUAUGUUACAUAGUGGUAUACAUUGGUGCUUUAAAUAUAUAAUUGAAACACA